AUGAGGCAGAGAGGCUUAUCUGAUAACGAUAGAUUGUUUAGGCGCGCGCUUGAGAACCUCCGAGUGAAGUGCUGCACCGAGGCUGAUCGUGCGCUGUUCCGUUCCAGGAUUAUCCGUCGGUCUCCUCACGUCAAUUUCACGACCAUCGGGGGGACCUCUAUCAUAACAGCGCGCAAUUCGCACCGUGACGCUAUCAACAACCUAGGGUCUCGAAUGUUUGCAGCUCACCGCGGACAGAAGCUACACACCUUCCGAUCGGUCGACACAUGGAGUUCAGAGCGCACAAACCGCUCGGUGCGCCGAGGUCAGCGAGACUAUGACAAUUCCGUAAACCCCGUACGUAGUACUAAUACGAUUCAUCGGACCAUACAGGAAAUGCUGUGGGACAUACCGCCCUGUAUGACUGAGCAUCAUGCUGGGACGCUCAGGCUCUGUCUAGGGAUGCCGGUGCUGUUGAAAAACAACGAGGCUACGGAACUGUGCGCGACCAACGGUGCAGAGGGCGUCGUAUACGACUGGCAAGCUUCUUCUCUGCCCAAUGGUGAGAAGCAUAUUGAUGUACUGUUUGUGCGGCUUAUCAACCCGCCGAAGAACGUGCAGAUUGAGGGACUACCGCAGAAUGUGGUUCCUAUACCAAGUACCAAGAAGCGUGUCAAGUGCGUGGUUCCCACUGGAGCCCGCCACAUAUACGUGGACCGGGAGCAAGUUAUGGUCCUCCCAAAUUUUGGUAUGUCUGACUUCGCGUCGCAAGGACGAACUCGCCCCUUUAAUCCUUGCCAUUUGAAGUACUGCAGAACAUCGCAAUCUCUUUAUACGUGCUUGUCACGCAGUGCGUCUCUGGAAGGGACAGUUAUUAUCGGUGAGUUUGACGAUAGCAAAAUGUCUGGUGGUUUACCCGGACCGCUGAUGCGCGAAUUCAUCGAUUUCGAGGUGCUAGACGAUGUCACAAGAUUAGACUUCGAGGGAAAGCUGGCAAAAACGGUACCACGCUCUUACCGAUCCGAGACGAUUGCUGCGUUCAUGAGCACAGUGAGUACACCAUAUCAGCCGCCUCAUAUGCACAGCGCGUUGGAUUGGUCAUCGUACCGGACAGUUGUCCCAGAGGGGCGACCCUUGGAAUGGCGUCUGCUAUCCAAGUCCCGCAAGGGAGAUGUACAACUCGAACCAGCUUCCUCAAACGCUGCGGAUGGGCAUGCUCGUCCGGGCAAGCGUAAGCGGAACGGGAUUUCAUUACAAGAACGUCCCCCUAAGCAGCGUAAAAAGGUCAAUCCAGCAUCAGCCUCGGCGGCCUCGGGUACGAAGGAAUUGCAGCCUCGCCGCGGGUUUAUAUGGGACUCCGCAAAUUAUAGCUGCGCGUACGACAGCUUGUUGACUAUUCUGUGGAACGUCCGGUUGGAUUAUUCGAGUGCCUUCGUUGAUACAACUAAGGGUUUGUCUCCCGCCAUGGACGAGCUGCACAGAUGCUUCGAGAUGGUUGAUGCUGGUUCUGAUUCGAUGGAGGGAGGUCGCAACUGCUUCAGAGACUUCUUGUAUUCUAUGGACUCAACACGUUUCCCUCGACGGGGAGCCGCUUUGACGGCCGUAGCGGACGUCAUAGAGCAGCUAGUAAGGAGUAGUACGGGUUAUGGUUAUCGUGUCCGAACUUGCGCGUCAUGCGCGCGAGUCGAUAUAGGUCGCGGCGGCGCAGGCGGACAGCCAGUUGAACCCGUAUUGCUGUCGAAGCUUGUUGUUGAUGCUCUUAUGGGUGGGGCGGCACAGCCUUGCAGACGGUGCGGCUUCCCCGCAAAUUCUAAGUUAGUACUUGAGGUCAUCCCGCCACUUCUGUGCGCCGAAGUGUAUACAGUGGGUGGUCUUCCGAAUCACUCAGUGGAAAGGAGCUUGAGGUUGGAAGUGAAUGGUCGCGUGCGCGUUUGGUGCCUACGUGGUCUAAUAUACUGGGGAGCUGAUCAUUUCACUUCCAGAUUCAUUGACGGCGAGGGGCGUGUGUGGUUUCAUGAUGGCAUAUCAACCGGGAGCCAAUGCGUACUCGAAACCACUUCUGAUGUUGACCCGCCGGAUUUGCUCCAUUUAGGACAAUGCGCCCUCACUCACGCGAUAUUUGUGCUAGAAAGCUGA